AUGUCUUCUACUUCUCUUAAAAAGAAAUCAAUUGAUCAAGUCAGCGUUGCUGGUAAACGCGUUCUUAUGCGUGUUGACUUCAAUGUUCCUUUAAAGGAUGGUCAAAUAACUAAUAACCAAAGAAUUGUUGCUGCUAUACCUACAAUAAAAUAUGCUUUGGAUAAAGGUGCUAAGUCUGUUGUUCUUAUGUCACAUCUUGGAAGACCUGAUGGAAGGAAACAACCACAAUUUACCUUAAAACCUGUUGCUCCUGUUUUAGCACAACUUUUAGGAAAAAAAGUUGUCUUCCUUGAUGAUUGUGUAGGUGAAGAAAUUGAAAAGGUCACUGCUAAUCCAGAAACUGGUACAGUAAUUUUAUUAGAAAAUUUACGUUUUUAUCCUGAAGAAGAAGGUAAAGGUAUCAAUGAAUCCGGUGAAAAAUUUAAAGCAUCUCCAGAAGAUGUUGAAAAGUUUAGACAAAGUUUAUCUAAACAUGGAGAUAUUUAUGUUAAUGAUGCAUUUGGUACUGCUCAUAGAGCACAUAGUUCAAUGGUAGGAGUAAAUUUAGAACCAAAAGUAGCUGGAUUUUUAUUGAAAAAAGAACUUGACUAUUUUGCCAAAGCUCUCGAAUCACCUGUACGCCCUUUCUUAGCUAUUCUUGGUGGUGCUAAAGUUGCUGACAAAAUACAACUUAUUAAAAAUUUACUUGAUGUUGUUGAUGAAAUGGUUAUUGGUGGUGGUAUGGCUUUUACAUUUCUUAAAGUUCUCCAUAAUGUACCAAUUGGAGAUUCUCUUUAUGAUGAUGAAGGAGCCAAGAUUGUUCAUGAAAUCAUGGAUAAAGCUAAACAAAAGAAUGUAAUGAUUCACCUUCCAACUGAUUUUGUUGUAGCUAAUAAAUUUGCUGAAAAUGCCACUUUUGGUACUGCUGAUGUUAAAUCAGGAAUCAAAGAUGGAUGGAUGGGAUUAGAUAUUGGUCCAAAAACUUGUGAAACAUUUAAUGCUGCAGUAGCUAUGUCAAAAACAAUCAUUUGGAAUGGUCCUCCAGGAGUCUUUGAAUUUGACAAAGCUUCUAAAGGAACUGAAUCUAUGAUGCGGGCUGUUGUUCAAGCCACAAAAGAUGGUUCAACAACAAUCAUUGGUGGUGGAGACACAGCAACAUGUUGUAAAAAAUUCAAAACAAUGGAUAAAGUCAGUCAUGUUUCAACUGGUGGUGGUGCUAGUUUGGAACUUCUUGAAGGUAAAACUCUUCCUGGUGUUGCUGCUCUUACUAAUAAUUAG